UGAACACUGAAGAUCGGAUGUGUACUUAUAAAACGUCUCGUUGAUUGUGUACAUCCAACCCCGAAUAUUUGAAAUGACGCAGUCGGUUUGGGAUAUCGCUGUUCAGCAGAAUAAAAGCAAGCCAGCUCAAGGGAAUGUAGAAACUACGAUCAUUUUCGCUGGAAACAGGCAGUCUGGGAAAAGUACAAUCAUUAACCGAUUCCUUGAAAAGGAUGAAACACCAAAACCAACUCUAGCACUUGAUUAUACUUUUGGACGUAAAGGUGCUGGAAACUAUAUGACUAGAGCUGUGUCGCACAUAUGGGAGCUUGGUGGUGGAUCGAAACUUUCAGAUUUAAUUGAUGUAUUGAUCACACCCAACAACAUACUGAAUCUUCACCUUAUUUUGGUUGUUGAUUUAUCAAAGCCUACAGAACUUUGGGAUACAAUGGACAAUCUACUGAGAUCAGCUUCUUCUCGUGUCGAGAAAAUAUUUAGUCGACUUCGACAAAAGAACGUGACACAUAUUCAGAAUACUCUGAAUGAAAAUUUGAGGAAAAGGAUUUCAUCGACGCACCCAGAUGUAGAACUUUUAAAUCCUUUUCCCUUACCUCUUACAUUCUUAGGGACAAAAUAUGAUAUUUUUAGGGAAUUCAGUAGUGAGCAACAAAAUCUAAUUAGCAAGACAAUACGUUUUCUUAGUCAUUACUAUGGAGCAUCUUUAUAUUUUACAUCUAUUAGAGAAGACGAAUUGCUCAAAAAAACGAGAAUUCUGCUCAAUCACAUCGCUUUUGGUGGUAAAAUAACAUUCAAUGAACAAAUGAAAACAGGAAAGCCAUUAGCUAUUCCUGUUAGCAUGGAUUCAUUCUCAAACAUUGGGGUACCACCAAGUUCUGAUAUGGAAAUAAAAUGUUUGACAGUGAAAUCACCACUAGAGAUGUGGAAAACUGUUUUCUGCAAUAAAUUCCCUCAAAAACUUGAGACAACAUCAUUACGUCAUACGAAACAAGAGACAACUGGUGUCUUCAAUCCAAGUAAAGAUCCUCAAUAUGCUGAAUCACUCAUCGACACAGCUCGAAAGGCAAAAGACAAUGAACUGGAAGAGAAAAGACGUCAAGCUGAAAGAAAAAUGUAUAAUUUACUACAACAAGUCACCUCAGAAGGAUUACUUAUUGCUUAGAUUAUAUAUAUAUUAUUGGUUGGGUUACUUGCCCUCCUUCAAUGAGUUGUUGUCAUUUUUCCCUGUAUACUCUUUUUAUUGUAUUAUAUACACUGAAUUCUUUAAAUAGGUUGAUUUACUGUACAGUAUGUUCUUGAAAUGCGUAUUGUUUUUUGCUCUUUCUUGGGAAGAUUGUUAUUCUGAUAAAACUGUUAUAACAGACUGUUGGUCAUUUCAGGUGUUAAAUAUAGAAAAAAUCCCCAUUUGCACGUUUAGAAAACAGAAAGAUUGAGCGAGCGAAGAAAUAUUUACUUUUUUUCAAUUAGAUCCUCAUCUCACUCUGGCUCUACUCUAAUAUACACGUUGCAGCAUUUUUAUUACAAUACACAACAGUUUACCAAUCAAGAGUUUCAAGUAAAACAGCCAUCUGCAGUACAUCAGUUGACUUACUGAAUGUUAGACCUGAAAAAUGAAAUAAUCCACUGCGGUAUGUUUUUCCUUUGAUCUCACAGAAAUGCUCAACGAUAGACCGCUAACCAAUUAAAAAUAUACCCGAGUACAACAUUUGGAGACUCAUUCGGAGUACAAUUACCAGACAUAUUGUUGAUACAGUACAUCUCGUAGAGAUUUCUAAGUUCUGCAAAUUAUUAAAUAGACAAAGGACAACAAAUUUACUACGAUUUGCUGAAACGAUCGCAAUCAGACGAUUUAAAUCAACCAGACUUAUAUAUACAGAAAAAGAGUGUGUGUGUGGCUAACGUCUCACUCCCUUGGUAACUGAAUUUUGAUUUUGAUUACAUUAAUUAAUUAGUCAUCUAAUCCAGUGAUCUCAACUCAUCACUGAACAAAUCUUGAUCUCAUAAACUGUAACCGCUUUUGGUUUUUUCUUUUUUGAGUUGCUAUGUGAACAAGCUACAAGCUAACACUGUUCUGUUGAUUAUUUUUUUCCAGUUUCUGUCUUACCCCUCCCCUCUCUUUUCAACUUUAAAAGCGUAUAAAUUGAUGAUGACAACUUAAACUAAAAAUUGUGAUGCUUACAUUUUGGAUGCUUUAAUUUUAUGGUUUGAUUUUUUUUUAUUUUUGAUUUACAGCUUGAUUCCA